CGGCUCCCCGGGCCGCCGCGGAGCUUCCUGGUUCCCAGAAGGUGCCGGAGCGGCUGCAACAGGAACUGAGAGACGGGGGAGGAGGCGGUGCCGCCGCUCCGCCGCAGUCGCGGCCCGAGCCGGGGGAGCGGAGCGGAGCAGCCAUGGGCCGCCGCCCGCCGCGGCGCUGAGCCGCCCCCGCCGCGCAGCGCUCCGCGGCCGGCGCUGCCCCUCCGCCCCUGCCGGGCGGGGCGCUUGUCCCUGGGGGCGCCGGGGCCGCCGCCGGGGCCCGCGAUGUGACCAUGGACAGCAGGUUCAAGGAAAAUCCAGAACGAACCUUUGAUUUGGUACUGAAAGUAAAAUGCCAAGCUUCUGAAAAUGAAGAUCCAGUGGUACUGUGGAAGUUCCCGGAGGACUUUGGAGACCAGGAAGUGCUGAACAGUGUUCCAAAGUUCUGCUUUCCUUUUGACAUUGAAAGGGUGUCCCAAAACCAAGUAGGACAGCAUUUCACCUUUGUGCUCACCGACAUUGAAAGUAAGCAAAGGUUUGGAUUCUGCCGCUUGACGUCAGGAGGCAAGGUCUGCCUCUGUAUUCUGAGUUACCUACCAUGGUUUGAGGUAUACUACAAGCUCCUAAAUACCCUGGCAGAUUAUUUGGCUAAAGAACAGGAAAAUGACUCAAAUGAUUUGUUGAAAUCAUUGUAUAAUCAUCCUGUGCCAAAGGUGAAUGCUUUAGUCAGUUUAAGUGUGAACCAAGAGAUGAUUUUUACAAGUGAGCGAGUUUUGAAAAAACAGCCUUGUCUUGUAUCGCACUCGUAUUUCAUUACUCCUGAUAUAACUGGAUUGCCAACUAUCCCUGAAAGUAGAAACCUCACUGAAUAUUUUGUUGCUGUGGAUGUGAACAACAUGCUGCAACUUUAUGCCAGUAUGUUGCAUGAGAGACGAAUCAUUAUUACCUCCAGCAAACUAAGCACUUUAACUGCUUGUGUUCAUGCGUCAGCUGCAUUGUUAUAUCCAAUGUAUUGGCAACAUAUUUACAUCCCAGUGCUUCCUCCACAUCUCCUGGACUACUGCUGUGCACCCAUGCCUUACCUAAUUGGCGUCCACUUAAGCUUGAUAGAGAGAGUUAAAAAUAGAUCACUGGAGGAUGUGGUUUUACUAAAUGUUGACACAAACACUCUAGAAACUCCUUUUAAUGACCUGAACAACCUACCUGGUGAAGUGGUCUCGGCCUUGAAAAAUAAACUGAAAAAGCAGUCGACAGCUACGGGCGACGGAGUGGCCAAGGCCUUCCUUCGGGCACAGGCAGCGCUCUUCGGAUCCUACAGAGAUGCACUGAGAUACAAACCAGGAGAGCCUAUAACUUUCUGUGAGAACAGUUUUGUGAAGCAUCGUUCCAGUACAACUAAGCAGUUCCUGGAAACAGCUGUUAAUCUUCAACUGUUUAAACAGUUUAUUGAUGGUCGGCUAUCAAAAUUAAAUGCAGGAAGAGGAUUCUCUGAUGUUUUUGAAGAAGAAAUCACAGCAGGAGGCUUUUGUGGAGGAAAUUCAAGAUCUUAUCAGCAGUGGAUGCACACAGUGAAGAAAGGCAGUGCACUGAUCAACACAGCGAUGACCAAAGCCACUCCGGCUGUGAAAACAGCAUAUAAAUUUGCAAAAAACCAGGCAAAGCAAGGAAUAAAGGAAGUGAAGAGUAAGUUAAAACACAAGGAGAGUGAGGAAGAGUAUGGGACUUGCAGUGCUGGUGCAGUACAGACUGUCCCUGUCUACACAUCUCAUUAUGAUAAAAGAACAAGCUCAGAAAAACGAAGACUGGCACAGACUCGUUUCAACCAGCGCCUUAGUAACCAGAAUUUUGCCUUGGAUGAAGACGACGAUGAUGAAAUUGAGAGAACAAGCAAGUUAUCAUCAGAAGACAGUGAAGAGGCUUCUGCUUACUUUUAUGAUAGCGAUGGUUCUGGUGAAACUGGAAUAAUUCAGCAUCAAGGAGAAAUGGACUUGCUUGGAGAGAUUCUGGACACGCUGAGCACACACAGUUCAGAUCAAGGCAAACUCUCAGGAGCAAAGAGCCUGGAUUUCUUUAGAUCAAUGGAUGACAUUGAUUACAAGUCUGCGAACAAGUCAAAUGCACCUAGUGAGAGCAACCUUACCCUGCUCUGCAGCAGUGCUAAUGACCAGGCAGAGUGGAACCUCGGCCAGGAUGACAGUGUCCUGCAUGGGAAGCAGCUCCCCCCGUCGCCAAGGAAGCAAGUUACUUCUGGUGGCCAGAGAGAAUCUCUCUCAAGGAUGGAAGAGGAGAAGAGUGGCAAAACAUUUACUACUGACAAAAUGGACACCACUAGUUUGACAUGCCUGUCUCCAGUACGACCAAAUGCCCAGUUUACUUCCCUAGAAAGUUUCAAAGCAGGCUUUUCUUCCUGUCAGUAUGCAAAGCCUAAUGAAACACUAAGCAAUACCUCAGAAGAUCAGCUCCCAGCAGGUCUUGCUCAACAGCCAUCCAUUCUGGUCCCUUGGGAGAAAGGUGGGAAGGAAGGAGAUGAAACUCCAGAAGAAGGUGGACUUCUUGAAGAAGUGGUGUCAUUAUGUAAACUGAAUUCUGCUUUUCACUAUGGUUUAAAUAUUUCAAAGGAUAGCUUAUCCAGCAGUAGCAGUGGAAAUAAAACAAGAAAAGUAUGAGAAGAGAAACUUGACUCCCAUCAGAUGUUAAAGGGAGACUACUCAGGACUCCAUGUAACUCCAUAUAACAUGAUAACCAAAAAAAUGAAAAGGAAUAAGAGAUAUUCUGUUACAAAAAUAAUUCUCUUCAGUUGAGUACGCAUUUUCUGCCAUUGGACAUCCGCUUCUACGUUUACUCAGUUCAUUUGUUUGCUAUAGUUAGGUCCACAAAAUGGAACUAAAUAUAUGAAUGCACUCUCAAAUCAGGUACUAGUUAGUCUCUGUGUUAAAAAUAAGCCAGUGUGUGGUGCUUCCUAGCGUUUGCUUCCUCUAAGCAGCCACGGGUGUCGUCUAAAGGUAGCCAGGUCUUGAAGGUACUAUGUUAAUCCCAUUAGCAUGAAAUGAACCAAGCAAUCUGAUUUGUCUGAAAUGUACAAAUGUUAAUAUUUGUAAUGAAUAAUAAUUGCCUUAAUCUUUUGAGAAGGGGUUUAACUGUCUUAGAAGAUGAAUGCAAAUCUACAAAACAGCAAUAAUGAUUUUCCAUGGCAGGAAUUUGCUUCAGCAAAGGUGAGGGGAGGGAAGGAGACUUUUUUUAGAUUAAGGAAUUUCUUGUGACUAUAACUUGGAACUUACUCCAAACUAAAACUGUGGCUCUGUCUUCCAGACUUCAAAAAGGUAGCACAUGGUUUUCUCUCUUUUAUAAAGUACAUGAAGUGCUGAAUUAUGUGACGUUUAUUGACCUCUGUUUACAACUAAGACACUUUAAAGACACAUUAUCCAGUUUCCCUAGGUAGACCAAUUCACCUAAAAAUUCUCAGAAAGGCAAGUGUAAGUGGAAUUGAUAGAUUUCUAUUAUUUUUUAUUUUCUGCAGUUUACUAGUUGGAAAACUAAUUUGUGCCUAAUUUGUAACACUAGAAAGCUAAAUUUACAGAUUCAGAUUGAGACUGCAUAUAUCCAACUCUCAUUUUAGCCAAGCUGGACAACCAAAACCUUCUAAGGAGAAUAAGUGAUCCUGAUGUAUAAUUUAUUUAGAACAAGCAUUUGUCCUCCUGCUGGCAGUGUUCCUGGUGAAUAUUUGGAUAUUUUAAGUCUGAACAUUUUUAGUGUUCUAUGGAGCAGCUCUUUCAUUUUUGAAAUUUUCUUCAUCUUUUCAGUUUCCACCUCACCAUACAUACCUUGUAGAAAUAGCACAUGGAUAUAGAAUGAACCCUGCCUCAGAAGAGUGUUCUGCUGUCUUCUAAGUCAUGGAACCUUUUUUCUUUCCCUCUUUGGCAUGAAUGAUUUCUGUUAAUCUCAGCCUAGGCCCGAGUGAGCGCGUUCCUGGGGUGGGUAUUUGGAUCAGAUUGUGCUUUAGUCGUUUGUAGAGGAGUUUCAUAUCAGUUGCCUCACUGAGAUUUAUUAAUUCGUUUUCCUUCUAGCUGACACAAAUGCAAAGGGUUUUUUUGGCUGCUUUCUUACAAGGCAGCUGACCUAAAGGAAUUGCUCCAUGUCAUGGCUGAGGCAGUGUUUGGAACCUCAGCAGAGAGGCUCGGUAGAGUGAGACCUGGGGUUUGUUACUGCAAAGCUUCAUCUUGUUCCAGAAUGGGAAGGGCUGGACCAGUACUAAAGGAUGAGCCUCUACAAACACUGUUUUUUAAUCAGUGCAACAAAGAUAAAAGGUUGUAAAAGUGGAAAUGUUGCAGAAAUAUCUGUGUUUGAUCAAGCAUGAACAUUUGGGAGGGCAUCUGCAUUGCUGGAGAAUCCAAGUGUUCCAGAAUUAGCAGCUGUACAUCCAGAGGUCUCUACUCCAAACUAUUUGUUUAUCCUUUGGUUUCCUCUUGUGCAUUAACAUGAUAUGUUGUGAACUUUUUUAAUAACAAAAAAUAUUACCUGGCAAAAUAUUUUGCACGAUUAGAAAUCAAAAGUAUCAUAAAUAUAAUGAAAAUCUUCACUCUCAGCUUUCCAAGUGGGUCAGGCUGGGUGGCUCAUGUACUGUUCAGAUGACAAAGCUCCAGGGCAACCUGAUGGUUUCUUGUUUGAAGCUGUCAUGAAUGACUUGAGGGCAUUGUUCUCCCUUACUGGUAAUGAACAUUGCCCAAGCAUAGUGCUGCAAUUGUGUCUAAGAGAAGAUAGGCAAUACACAGGUUUUGGUUCAUGGAGCACUUCUGACUCCUCAUUCAUCUCCUUGCAUUUUGUGGUGGGAAUUUCAAGGUUCACCUUUCCUUUUCCACUUCACCUCACAUGAUGUUUCUAUCCAUGGUUCAAUCUAAGUUGCUUUGUUUUCUUCAUUUAUUAAAGAUAUUAAACAGUAUCAAUGCUUUAAGAAAGUAAUGUUGGCCAGAAAUUAUGGCCAUCAUUACUUUCAAAACCAUCAAACACCGAAAUCCAGGAAUGCUGCCAGAAAAUGGUUUUCAAAAAUGACUGUCUAGUACAGACAGAAAUCUUACUGGCUUUACAUGAGGUUAGACACUGAACAAAUAAUCACAUAGGUUGUUCCAUUCUCAGCUUUGUGGAAUAAACAUGGAAGCCGUGUGAGACUGCCAGUAUUCUUAAAUUUUAUAAGGAUAAUAAAAUUGAAAGUUCAGUAGUGGAAUCUUUCAAAACUGAGGCAUUGUAGUAAUAAUUCACUGCUUCAUAGAGUGAAAAUGCAGGCUGAAAAGAAGUAAACAGAUAAAAUAAAAGAUGGUAACAUUCAAUUUAGAAUUAUUUUCAUUUGACAUCAGUCAAAAUGUUUCUGUGCUUAUGCUGCAUUGUUUCCUCACUAUUUACAAAGCCCAUAGUUUGUUUACAAUCAUUAAAUAGUAUGUAUUUUUUGAUUUUGAACCUUGUAUGGGUUCAAAAAUAGCUUACUCUUAUAUAUAUAUGUUGAUUUUAACUGUAGGUACAUUUUUUUACUCUGUAAUAUACAGAAUCUUUUCCACUUACUACCAGUAAUCUUGUAAAAAGGCUAAUAUUUGUGCCUUAUUUGAAUAGAAUUGCCAGUUACCAAAUAGAUAAGAGUCCAAACUGAUAUUUCUGGUUCACUCUUGUUCUCUGUCCUUGUGAUAAUAUAAAACUGUUUAUUGGCUACAUAUGCAGUAUUUUUAGUACCACAUUGGAUUCUAUAUUACGAUAAAUUUUCCAGGUACAGUACUUUGCAAGUUUUAUACUUGUAUGCUUUUUAUUUGUGGAAAUUCUUCUAGUGUCUUUGCAAAUCAUCAACAUUUAUCACCAGCUACUGGUGAGAACUGAAUUCUGCUCAGUCAGAGCUCCUGUGGUCUUCUUCAGAGGCAUCACUUUUCUUCAGGAUCUCAAAAAUCUUCCCAUUUCUCCUGUUUCAGGGAGAUACCAGGUUAUUUGAUUAAGCUUUGUGGUCUGUUACUUACAUAUAGGAACAAAUUUCCAAUGCAGAAAAUCAAACCAGGACUUGAAAUUAAUAUAUUUGAGUUUAUUUUGCAUAAAUGUCUGCUUAAAAUGAGCUGUAUCACUCAUCUGGUUUGGAAGGAAAAAGCAGAGGCAGUGGAAGGACAAAGGGAUUCCUGGGUUGUUCCAGUGCAGUGAGGUGAAGCAGAGCCUGGAAGUCCACAGGAGAGAUAACUUGGAAGGAAUCCAGAUUUCAGUUCUAGCUCAGUUGCAGUGGUUCCAGCUCAGUCAUGUAGGCAAAAGUAAUAUUGCCUGUGGAGUUAACUGCCUGUGGGAUUUGCAGAAUGGAUAGUACGUUGUCCCAGUCAAAGCCGCCUUAUCCACGUGUAUAGAGAUGUAGCAAGGAAAACUGCAGCUAUCAGGGGAGGAUGUGGAUGCAGAGGUGAUCCCUACCCACCCUCUAUGCAUGCAGAGGGCAGUCUGUGUAGAAUAGGCAGUGGUUUGCUCUUCCAUCUCACAUAUUUGGGCAUCAUGUAGUUCUGCAAAAUAGACUUAUUCUGAAGAAAAAAAUGUAGUUGUAGAAGUUUUCAUAGAAGUUGUCGACUGAACCCUUCCUUGUCAUUUAGCAUUUCAGUGGUGCUGCUGCUGUUGGGGUGGGAUCAUCAGAAACUCUCAGCACUGGCUGAAGUCCCCUCUCAGGCAUUGCAACACAGACUUCAGGCAGAGUUUAGACAAAUGCUGAGUGCUUCUGAAAAUCCCACCCAAUCUAUUAGAAGAGUGUUUUAGACCUUAAAAUUCUGUUUUAGAUGUCUUUUCAGGUUUUAGGAUUAGCUAGUUUACAACCUUGUGUUCUUGUAACCAAUGUAAAGUCUAGGCAAAAGAACAGUUAAACCAGUGUUUAAAACAGCUUCUCUUUAUCCACUUACAGUCAAUGACAUUCAGUUCUACAGAACAAUUUUUCGUUGGUGCAGCUAUUAGAAUUUCUAGAGGCAUCUAAAAUACUUUCUCUAUUCAUGUAAGUAAUCAAAGAAACAUUUCAUGCAAUAAUCAAGUGCCAGCAUGAGGCCCUUCUGCAAAUGCCUCCUGUGUAAUCCUGACCGUGCCCUGUCCUGCAGGAAGAACCCCUAACCAUGGGCCUCCCUGACUCCUCAGGGAGAGCUCAAGAGGAGCUUGAUUUCCAAGGAGUUAGCAUCUUCUCCCCUUCACCAGCCUCUAGUCCAGGUGCUGUGAGACUCUAGCCAGUGUAUUCCCAACAGCCUGAAAUUUGAGGCUAAGCAAAAGUGGGUAAUAAACUUAAACAGCUUCCUUAAUGCUGUUUAAGUUUAAACUAAAGCUCAGGAUGGUGAAGGCUGUGAAUUCCCAUGGUAUCGCAGUAAAUCUUUGAAGAAUGAAUGUAGAAAUAAUUGCACCAGCAAAACCAGUAUGAAUGGUGAUAUGAGUUGUCUUCAGUAACUUCUUUGCUGCUAUUAGGCGUGUCUGUCUCUGCCAGGUGUUGUUUACUUGUUAGCAGAGUCUGAGCUGACCAGAACGUGUCCUCAUCUUCACCCCAGGAGCAUGGAGCACAGCUGGCCUAGAAUUCGUGUUCCUCGGGGGGUUGAAAAUAAGGGAAUGGAAAGGGAUGGUACGGUUGGUUCGGGCAAAACCUUCCCUCAUCCGUUUUGCAAUAUCUGUUCCACAGUUUCAGUCAUUGGCCAGUUAAAAGUACUUGACAGGUCUUUCUGAAAGCUGCUUUGCUUAUUCUUGCAGAGUUUCUGGUGAGUGCACAGCCACCUCAGUCUAGAGGGCCAUCCACAACCCACGUAGCUGGCAGGGCCAUCGCCAUCCUCUGCUGGCUUGGAGUAUGCAGCAGGUAACACAGUUGGAAGUUACUCCAAGGUGUACUGUAGUAAAGGGUACUCAAUUAAAUUGUACUAUUACUUAGGACAAUACUAACACUUGUAUUUAGAAUCCAGUAACAGUAUUAGCAUUUGGAAAAUAGGUUGAGUUCAAGUAUGUUGACAUUUGUUACGAUUCUGUGUGAAUUAACAUUUCUUCUGUUAAAAAUAAGGGAGCAACUUGGUUGGGAGGGGGAAAUGUGUUGACUUUCAAAUCUCCAGUGAAUUUUGUGCAAUAUUUCUCCUUGUUUCGAAGUAAUUUAGUAGUGCACAUCUGCCUUCAAGCAGAUCCAUGAAAUUGUGUUUUUCAGAAAUGUGUGAAAUGUAAAGUUACAUGUAGAUUUGAAAUACAUGUUGUAUGAUAAAAACGUGAAGAAAUAUAUUCUAAUGAGGCAAAUGUAUAUUUCUAAUGACUGGGAGUGAUUAUGGAUGUCACAUUCUGAAGAAAUAAUAAAGCCUAGGCAAAUUUUCACAUGUCAGUAGUUCCAGGUAACUCUUAAAAGUAAAACCUGGUUAAAUUGAAGUAAGGUUAACUAUUAGAAUUUAAGACAUCUAGUUUUUGCUUUGAUCACUUGUUUAUCAUGGGUAAAAAGUUGAGGUGUUAAGUACUGCUUUUCAGGACCAGCAAUGAGGUGAGAGUUCAUAGCGAUGACCAGAAGAAUUUAGUUUGUGACAUCCCUAAUUAUCAUAAGUCAUUACUUAAAAUAUCUGCUAAUGUUGCCAGUAUCCUUUUAGGUUUUUGUAAAUGAAUUUCUUUGUAUAUUGAUGUACAUUUUCUUUUCAUCCUUGGUUUUUCCUUAAGACCUUAUUUAAAUUAAUAUACUUGAAUGAGGCAAUAAAGCACUGUGGAAGAGCCAAUCUUGGUGCAGCUUGCACACAAGCACAUCACGUCUGUUACUUCAUGGUUUUGAGGAGGAAGAGCAAUUUAAAAUGCUUAGAUGUUUGGUAAACUGUCAGUUUGUGUUUGUUAAUUUUAAAUCUGUGUCAGAUAUGAUGAGAAAUGCCUCGACACGGAACAAAGCAACGUCAUGUAUCUUGAUGCUUCUAAUUUUUUUUUUUUCAUAACUUUUUUUUGUGACCCUUGAAAAGCAUUCCCAAUAAUGCCCCUUAUUGUGAGCCCUUAAUACUUAAAAGAGAGGCAUAAAGUACAGGACACAUUGAGAUUUUAUUGAUAAUUUAGAGAUUAAAAAAACUCACACACCAAACAACCAGCAUUGUCCUUACAGUUUUAAAAAUUUAGGUAGUUUCUGACCUUUUAACAAAACUAGAGCCAAAUUUACUCCAUGCUUUUGCACCUUCUGGACUGCUGUUCAAAGUCAUUUCGAGAACUGUAAUUCUGACCUUAGACUACUGUUAGUAGUGCACUGUCUAGAUGUAUUAAGUGAGCUGUGAUAUGUGGUGUGGUUUGUUUUUUCUUUUUCCUUCCAAAGUUUGUGGCAUCAGUAGAAGUUUUCGGUGAAUUCCACAUUACCAUAAAGUGCCCAACACUGUACUAUAAAAUAAAAUUUAACAAUAUCAAAAUUCCUUGGGUGAUGCAGGUUCUUGUUUGAUGGGUUGAUCUGAGCAGCAUUUUCAUGCUUAUCGGGCAUAAAGAUUAAAAUGAUUCUGCAUUA